AUGGUUUUCAUAACAACAUCAGGCGGAUCGCUGUGCAUAAGCCCUUACAAGGAUGGCCUCAAGCCAAGCCAGGUUGUGAGACAGAGCAAGAACAUUCACAGCAUCUUGAUCAUUUUCCCAGAUAAUGAUAACAUUGACAACGACGAGAGUAUCUUGAAUGAAGCAGGAUUGGUGGAGCUCUUUCAAGUGAUUGCCAGAGACAUGCCAGAUGUCCGGUCCAUCACCAUUAGCGGUUCCAACUACGCCGAAUCCCCAAGUGGCCACUCACAAAUUGGCAGGCGACGAAACAUUCCACCGCUGAAAGCAGUCACUUCGUUGCUCAGCGGCAAAUCAGGUGCACUGCUAGCACUGUGCCUGGUUCAGAUUCGAUUACUUGGAAGUGAUCGCGAGAUGAUGGAUUUCAUCAAUGCGAUACGGAUGCAUCCCACACUGCACAGCUUUGAUUGCACUGGCUGUGUCUUUCAAACGAGGACGCAUCUGGAUGCACUCACGGAAUCGUGCCAGUGCAAGAAUCUUGGUCACUUUUUUCUGAACAACGAGUACGUUCUGGAAGAAUCACAACCACAACAAGAAGCUACAACACGAAAGCGAGAACGACGUGCUAUAACGAGUUCCGCCGAUGAUGGCUGGGAUUGGAUUUUGAACUAUCCACUUAACUUGUGUCAUUGA